UGAUGGCACUGCAACAACAACAACAACAAUUCCAACAAUACCAACCACCACCACAGCAUAGCACCCUUCUGUUCCCCCCUCCGUCCGACCCUGAAUGACCCACCUUUCUUUCCUAUCUCGUCAGUGAGAUCGAACAUCCUUGCCCCUGAAGUCAUGGCCCAACAAGGGUCCGCCUCCACGACAGCCUACCGCCCUCUCGCCCCGAAGCCGACCCUCUUGCCUUCAAAACGGGAGGCAUCCGAUCCUCCAGAGCCCCCAGGGCCUUCCAAACCGGGGAACACCAAGAAGGCAAUCAAGAGAUCCCCAUCGUCCUGCGUGGAGUGUAGAAGGAAACGCACCAAAUGUACCGCCUAUGAAACCGGGGUGCCAUGUACCGUGUGCCAAAUCCACCAGGUGGAAUGCGUGCUGCUCCCACACAGCGACAGGCGCCGGAAGACCACCAUGGAGUACAUGCGGCGGCAGGCCGCCUACUACCGGGAGUUCCUCGAGCAGUUCAUCCGGCUGGCGCGCUCCGACGACCCGGCGAUCAUCUUGGCGGCGAUCGCGAUCAUCCAGGCCAAUCACUCCGAGGAGGAGACUCGGGCCCUCCUGGAUUCACUGGUCCCGCACGACGGAACGCCCAUCCUGCCCGAGGAGGAGGAAUUAAUCAAGGCCAUUCGAGAGAGGGAGGCGCAGGCCGCCGCCGCCAGCCAAAGUAAAGAUAGCGCGGGACCUGCAGGUGGCCUGGAUCCGGUGCCUGAACAGGAUUAAGGGGAGAAUUUUGGAGGGGGGGGGGGGGGGGAGCUACGCUUUUCGUUCUAGCCCUCCCUCUUUCUAUCUCGCUCCCUCCCGGGUGAGAGACUACCUACGAUAAUCUCUUAUAUCUAUGGGAUAUCGCUGGGGAAUGGAUGGAGGGUAGAUCAAUGGAGCAAGGAACGCGGACGGGAAAAAAUGAAGCAAGA